AGACCCAAAACUAAAGCCCAAACCAAAAAGCCCAUAAAAAUAAAAGACAAGCCGAAAAAACCCUAUAAGCUUUGUUUAUAAGAUCACCUGAAGCCCUAAAAAUCGUAGCCAGCCGCUGUAAACCCUAGGCAAAUCGAAGGUUCUAGAAAGAUGGCGGUGCCAAUGUUGACGAAGAAGAUCGUGAAGAAGAGAGUCAAGAAGUUCAAGAGGCCAUGGAGCGACCGUCUCGUCACUGUCAAGCCCAACUGGCGCAGGCCAAAGGGUAUUGACUCCAGGGUCAGGAGGAAGUUUAAGGGAGUCACCCUGAUGCCUAACAUAGGUUAUGGCACAGACAAGAAGACCCGUCACUACCUUCCUAACGGUUUCAAGAAGUUUGUUGUGCACAACACCAAGGACCUUGAACUCUUGAUGAUGCACAACAGAAAAUACUGUGCAGAGAUUGCCCAUAAUGUAUCCACCAAGAAGAGGAAGGAGAUUGUGGAGAGAGCUGCCCAACUCGAUGUUGUAGUUACCAACAAGCUUGCAAGGUUGCGUAGCCAGGAAGAUGAAUGAGUGUGGCUCUAGGAAGUUCAACAUUACUUUUAGUAGUUUUGAACUUUUAUCAGUUAUCUUGAUGCUUCUGAAAAGAUUCUAUAAUUGUGUUAAAUUUUUGGUAGCUUUGUUGGAAUACAUUGAUGAUUAUCGAACUUCGUAUGCUUGUGUACUCUUAAAUAUUUGAGUUUCUUCCGACUUGAUUUUUGAUGUUGCA